AAAGGCUCUGGAGAUGGACCUGUCCUACAGAUCCACCAUCUCCAUCUAUAAGAGUAUUCUGGAGCAGUUCAACCCCGCGCUGGAGAAACUGGUGUACCUGGGGAACAACUACCUGCGUGCUUUCCAUGCAUUAUCCAAAGCGGCUGAAGUGUAUUUUAAGGCAAUUGAGAAGAUUGGGGAGCAAGCGCUGCAGAGCUCCACCUCACACGUGCUGGCUAGUCCCUUUCCAGGUACUGGGGGAAGGAAGACAGCUCCUCUAAAUGGUGUCUCACAGCGCCAGGCCCUGUCCAGGCAACUCCUGAGCUCUGAUUUGGAAGUCAUGGCUCAGACCUUCCACGUGGACCUGCUGCAGCACAUGGAGAAGAACGCCAAAAUGGAGUUGCAGUUCAUCAGUGAAAGCCAGAAGCAGUAUGAGCUGGAGUACCAGCGCAGAGCCACCAACCUGGAUAAGUGUAUGGCAGAGCUGUGGAGAAUGGAGAGGGCCCGUGAUAAAAAAGUCCGGGAGAUGAAGGAGAAUGUGAUGCGACUGCGCUUGGAGAUGCAGGCGUUUGUCUCUGAGAGCCAGAGAGGGGCUGAGCUGGAGGAGAAACGCCGCUACCGCUUCCUGGCUGAAAAGCACCAGAUGCUCUACAACACUCUCCUCCAGUUUUACAGCAGGGCCCGGGGCGUGAUCCAGACCAAGGCACCGCAGUGGAAGGAGCAGCUGGAGGCCAGCCGCAACCCCUCAAACAGCCACUCUCAGGGGCUUCUCAUGGCCUCCCAUGGCCAGGGGUAUCCAUCGGGCCGGCUCACCCCCACCCACCUCGAGAUGCCCCAGAGACCCCUUGGGGACUUUAGUUCUCCCAUGACUGGGAGUAGAUCCAGCGCCUUCUCUCCAGAACCUCCAGAAAUGAGACUGUCUCCUCAACCAGAGCUCCCCAGGCAGCCACUGCGGAGGACACCAUCAGGCAGUUUGCUCCCUGCUGGCCGUACCUCCCGUUCGGGUUCCUUUGGUGAGGCCAGCAGUGGCAGCGAAGGCAGGAGGAGGAGCGGCAUGGUGAGAGUGCAGGCUAUUGUGCCCCACGCAACGGGUGCCAACCGGACCCUGCUACGGUUUGACCCCGGGGAUGUCAUCACGGUGCUGAUGCCGGACGCGCAGAACGGCUGGCUGUAUGGCAAGCUGCAGGGCUCAUCCACAUGUGGCUGGUUCCCUGAAGCUUAUGUCAAGCCUCUGGAGGAUGCGAGGGAGAUGGAGGAGCCAGUCACCAGGUCCUUCCCACUGCGAAGCAGUCACAGCAUGGAUGACAUCCUGGACCGUACCAGCACUCCUUCCUCUAGCAAUUACUGGCCUGCUGCUGCCCAGCCCAGCUUGCCGAACCCACCUCCCCUCUCGGUGGGUGCCAGCAGUCACCAGAGUGGGGUGGCCACCCCAGUCAGUUCUGGCUCCAAGAAAUCAGGAGUAUUUGACCAGCGCCCUGAACUCUUCCCACGAGGUACCAACCCCUUUGCCACAGUCAAGCUGCGUCCCACGGUCACCAACGACCGCUCGGCACCCAUCAUCCGAUGA